UCUCAAAUUGGUAAUCAACAUUGGAAAAUCAUUGAUGUGAAUUCAACAAUAUCCUGGCAAAAUUACACGAUUGAGAACCAUGGCAGGAGGUCGACGAGGUCCAGGACGACCUCAGAUGAGCCGAUCGAUGCCACCUCCACCGAUUCAUGCCACUAAUGUUGUUCAUGGGGGUAAUACUUCAUCCCAGGGUUCGUCUGUUCGACAUCGUGGCGGUACUGGCGGCAGUGGCAGCAACACCCCUCUAACUACUCUAAUCACCAUCACACCGAUCCGUCAUCCUGAUAUCCCUAACCUGCCAACAGAGGGCAGUCUUCUCUUUGAGACGCACACUGUUAUCUACUUACUGACUGCCCUGUUUCUUCAAUAUAUCAACAUCUAUAAAACAGUCUGGUGGUUGCCUCUGGCCCCUUCUAACACAGCCAUGAACUUUCAUCUCAUUGAUCCUUUCCUCAUGAUCUUUGUAACACUGGUUCUCAUCCGGCGCUUGGUUUGGCAUUUCAUCAUUGAGCUGACACCAAUAGUAACAGUCGUUACAGUGCGUUACUGCAUCCUUCAGGCCAUCCAGCUCAUCAUCACCUUAACCUUCCUCAAUCUUGAUCAAUACCUUGAUCUUUAUCUGACACCAAUAGUAACAGUCGUUACAGUGCGUUACUGCAUCCUUCAGGCCAUCAAGCUCAUCAUCACCUUAACCUUCCUUAAUCUUGGACUCUGGUGUCUCUGGCAGCUGAUGAACAACAACUCUCCUCUGAAUCUCCUCUUCCUCGCUUACCCGUUGAUCUCGUAUUUUCUCCUGUACGGCCUGACCCUGGACUUCAACACGACCCUGUUUUCACAGCUUGCUCCCCCGGCCAAGGGGAGCAAGGAGGAACUGUUAUGGAACGGUAUCACCAUGUUGACGCCUGCCAAGCACAAAUGUUCCCACGUCCCCAACGAGAUCAGGCAGGAAGCCGACCUCCUCAAGCUAGACUUCAACUCCCGUAUGAAGAGCGUGCUUUUCAAUUCCAUGGUCUGCGCAUACUACGUUGGCUUUGUGCCGAUUUGUUUCUUACAGCCGGCAAUGUACUUGGAUCUGUGGUGGUCCUGUUUUCUUAUAGCCUUUGUGUGGAUCAAUUCAUUCGUGAUGUUUGGCUCACACUUCUUACCCGUGGCGUACUGCGACGCACUCCAUCGGUGCUCCCUACACCUCGGUCGGUGGCAGAAGAUGGAACAUGGGUAUAGCAACACACCUCAACACCUUUGGUCAGACACAACGGUGUGGCCGCAAGGGGUACUGGUCAGAUACAACAAGGGUAUCUAUCGUGCAACUGGACAACAGAAUGUAGCCUUUCCCUCAGACCGGUCCUACGCUCGUUUCUAUUUCAUGUUCCACGACCCGCUUCGAGUCCUCAACCUCUUCGUGUUCUUACAGCUGGGCGUCAUAGCAACCCAACUCUAUCUCCUCAUCCGUCAUUCUCACUGGCACUACGUCAUCUCCCUCUCCCUCCUCCUGUUCUGCAACUACUACGUUCUCUUCAAGUUGCUGCGCAGCCGCUUCAUCUUGGGCAAGGUCUAUCGACCCGUGCACGACGAGGUGGAGUAGAGGUCAAAGGUCGAUUGCAUGUGAUGUCAUCUUUUUUGGUUACUACUUAUGAAGUUCCUUUACUUUGUUAAACUAAUUUUGGUGGGGUUGAUUGUUAAAAUCUGCAAUAUUGACAAGAAUGUCUGUAAAAUCAGUAGUGUCAUAAUUGCAGCCAUUCUGAAGCAGAUUAAUCCUUACAGUGGGAACCCAGUUUUGGAGGGACAAUCCAAAAUAAACUUACCAAUUUUGAGGGGGUACAUUUGACAAAAAUUGAAGAGAGGUAUAUCAAUGAGAAAUAAGAAUUGAAUUAAGUAAAUGAUUUCCAGUAUAAAGAAGAAGUUUUAGACCAAUGCAAAUCAAAGCAGAAUGUUCAUCUCCCAAUAAAAGUAUUUGAGUGGGAUUUUCUGCCCAUGGUAUGUUACGAGGCAGUGAUUAUUACAUGUAGGUGUGCAUGCUAUGACAAGCACCCAUAAUGGCCUCCGCACACUCAACGACUAGUCCUCGAUCCGUUUUGGAAACAAAUCACAUUUUGUUCUUUUUCUGAAAAUGUGAAUGAAAUGUAUCAUUUUUGUUUGAGGUUCAAAUUAACUUAGAGAAAACUAAUUUAACAAUUCACAAUGAUUGUAAGUCUUUAUUUUGGAGUUAAGGCCAAAUUAGUUUCAAAUCAUAGCCAAUCGUACCAUUGAUAUGACAUCAUUAAGACUAGAUACUAAUUUCGCCUUUUUUCUGAGGAGAUGAAAUUCUAAGGAUGAUAGCAUAGUCACAGCUUCAAACAUAUAUUCCUGAGAUGAUUUCAAACAUUACACAGUAAGAUAUUCCAUGUCUCAAUAUCAGCAUCAUAUUCUGCUACGUUUUAUUCCAAAAUCAGGUCGCAGACCAUCGAGACCAAUUGUAAGGUGUGCGGACGCCUUUAUGCACCACGGGCAACUUUGAAUUUAAAUGCUAUUUCAGUCAUAUUUCAAUCUUUGUGAAACAUUUCCCAGGUUUGAGCCAAUCUACCAUUGGUCCAAUCAUUACCAAUUAACCCUAAACAACUGAGGGGGUGGGGUGGGGGGACAGAAAUGCAAGAAUGGGUUACCAAAGACUUGAUUGGAAUACGGCUUAAUGGAAAGGUUUUAACAGUAAAUACAAUGUCUGGCUCGCACCCAGUAAUUAUAUAGAUCCUAUACUUGAUCUGAAAGUUUGUAAGUUGGACAUUCAAGUCAAAUUAAAAUAACUGAGGUUCUUAUAUCAUCAGGACUACGCCAUGGACCAGUGAUGGCUUAGUGGUAGAGUCAAUGACUGGCAAUCGGUAGAUGAGAGGUACAAAUCGUGCUGGUUCCAAGAUUUUUUUCUGACUUCUAUUUCUGAUUGAAUAUAUGCAAUCCUAUUCACUGGGUGCAAGCCAUGGGUAUUUGCAGUAAAAAAGACUUGAAUAUGGAGAGUUGAAUGGGAUUGUAUAUGUCCUGUGAUUGUUUCUUAAUUUUAUUUUAUCAAUUGUCUAGUAUUGUGAAUUUUGUGUAGAAUGAGUAUUUUUUAGAAGGGAGUAUCGUACAAAGUGACAUUUGUAUGCAUGUGGCCUUAUUAAAUAGGGGUUGUGAUAAAUUUCUGGGCUGGUAUAUAUCACGAUGGAUAUUUUGAUAUCUCAGCGCCAAUAUACCACUUUAGGCCCAAGUUUAAAAGACUUCAGAAUACAGGUGGGUGUGUUUGAUAAAGCUGUUCGUAAAGUCAAGAGCAACUUUAAUAAU